AUGCUGCGCUCCAUCAUCAGGCGCCUGGCGUCGGAUCAGCCUGAGUCCGUCAAUGAUUACCUAGGCGUCGUGGUCCCCCUCGAAGAAGCCCAUCUGCAUAGUCACUCAGCCCGGACGGGCAAGUGCGAAUUCGAGGAACGGCCGAGCGAGGAGCACGACGACAACGCCGAGGAUGAUGGCAAGGACCAGGGUGAGACCGCGGGGAUGCUGGAGAUGAACGCUGCUGAGUAUACCAUCGAGGGUUUGAGAAAGGAAGUCAGAAGAGGUGGGCAGGGUCGAUGGACUGAGUACGAGUUAAAGUCGAAGCUCAUCAACAAGGCGAUCCAGGAUAUUGGCAUGGGGAGGUAUAACUGGCAACUCUUCGUCCUCUGUGGAUUUGGAUGGUUUGCAGAUAAUCUGUGGAUGCACGGUGUUGCACUCACAUUACCAUCUCUGUCCGCCGAGUUUGGCAUCUCAGAACAGCGCGUCCGCUACACGACGUCGUCCAUCUUCCUCGGACUCUGCUUCGGCUCUUUUAUUUGGGGUAUCGGUUCCGACGUCCUCGGCCGUCGCAUCGCCUUCAAUCUCACCCUGCUCAUCACCGGCGUCUUCGGUAUCCUCCUGGCUUUCGCACCGACGUGGGGCUGGGUGAAUGUUCUCUUCGCGGCCCUCGGUUUCGGUGUCGGCGGAAAUCUGCCCGUGGAUGGCGCGCUGUUCCUUGAGUUCUUGCCCGACGCAUCGAGCAGUCUGCUAACCCUUCUUUCGGUGUGGUGGCCGGUCGGUCAGCUGUCUUCGUCGCUGGCGGCGUGGUAUUUCAUUGCAAACUGGCCGCCUGAACAAGGAUGGCGGAGGUUCGUGCUGACGAUUGGGUUAAUCACAUUCGCCAUGUUUGUUGUGCGGUUUUUCGUCUUCCGCCUAUUUGAGUCUCCAAAGUUCUUGCUCUCAAAGGGACGUCAGUCUGAAGCUAUUGGCGUCGUUCAUGGAAUCGCCUUUCGCAACGGCGCAAAGACUUGGUUGACCGAAGAGAUCCUGGAUGCUGUGGUCGAUGGGGUGGCCGACGAGGAUGAGGAGCAUUCAAGAAGUGGCCGCUCGGGAGUGCUCCGCGGCUCGGGUCUCGCCACAAACGCUCUGCGCGAGAGGAUGAAGGCCUUUUCUGCAGAUCGCCUUCGACCCCUCUUCAAAACUCGGACGCUCGGCCUCGCUACCGUAAUCGUCUGGUUCGUCUGGGCGACCAUCGGCAUGGGCUACCCCCUCUUCAACGCCUUCCUCCCGCAAUAUCUCUCCCACGGUGGUGCCGCCCCUCCGCCCGAGGGCUCCCCAGACGCAGGAGCUACACCAAUCACGCCAGACACAUAUCGGACCUACGCAAUCACCUCCGCCGUCGGUGUGCCAGGCAGCCUGCUGGCAGCCUACCUUGUCGACCAGAAAUCUCCCUGGCUAGGGCGCCGCGGCACGCUCGCGUGCUCGUCCUUUGUGUCGGCCGUCUUCCUCUUCCUGUUCGUCAAGUUUGGCACCUCGCCCGCCUCGCAGCUCUUCUUCUCCUGCGUCGAGGCCUUCUCCCAGAACAUCAUGUACGGCGUGCUCUACGCCUUCACGCCGGAGAUUUUCCCGGCGCCGGUGCGCGGGGCCGGGACGGGCGUGGCGAGCUUCUUGAACAGGGCGAUGGGGCUUUUGGCGCCGCUGCUGGCAGCGAACAUACCGGGCGACGGGGUCACGACGCCGAUUUUUCUGUCUGGGGCGUUGAUCUUGGCAGCGUUUGUUGGGAUGUGUCUGAUUCCCAUCGAGACGAGAGGUCGGCAGAGGUUGUGA